GACAGACUUGAUUCCGCAUAGGUGCCCUUCACGAGCGUCACGGGGUCGUUCGCGAUUUCGACGUUUGCUGUGCCUGCGGGCGACGACCCUAGUGACGAAUACAUCUCAUCCUUCUUUGUCGACCUUGGUUCCUCCAACUGCGAGAACGGCAUCAUGGCUGGUAUCAACAUGGAGAUUAAGAAUGGUUCACAGUUUAUCAAUGGUCAGUCCGCGCUCCUUGCCCUCCUGCUCGCAUGCUGACAAAUCAUCUAUAUUCUCGCAGCCUUUUGGACGAGUUUCCCUGAUGGUGACGAUCACUUCUUCCACAACGUUAGCUUCGCGCAGGGCGACAACAUAACGGUUUCCAUUUCCAUGACGAAUGCGACGUCGAGCACGGCGGUCAUAACCAACGAGAGCACAGACGAGACCUCCACCGUGGCCAUUGAGACCGGUCCUAUUUGCUCGCAGGCGGAAGUAGGAUGGCUGUUACAGGCCGAAUUCGACGAUUCCAAUGACAUCAUCCCUUUCGUCGACUUUGGCACGGUCAACAUCACUGCAUCUGCCGAGACCUCGUCAGGCCCUGUCGACAUCUCUAACGCGACCAUUUUGACCACAGUCCAGAACGGCACUACUGUUGCUUCCGCCUCGCUCGAGGGCGAGAUCGUCACUAUCGCCUUCGUUUAAUUUGGCACAAGGGAUGUAGGUUUUGUGGGUCUCGGGAAGUGGAAAGGAGAUGGCAUAGGAUUAAUUUGGACAUCUCGGAUGCUAGAAGGACAGAUAUUUAAUUUAAAUUACUUGUAUGACUUGAUUAUACACCCUG